AUGUUCGAGAAUAUACUAUCUCACGCGGAAGUAGAACGGCUCAAUGAGGUCGAAGAGGGAGGGACCGGCUUGUUAGAAUGGCUGUUGGAGGACUUGGUAUCAUCACGAGAUAAGAAGCUAUCCUGCCUAUUGGAUUAUGGAUGCGACCCAAAUGCCGGCGUUGGAGUCCGUGGCACCCCUAUUGUUCUGAACUACAUCUCGGGCAACCAGAUCGAUGGUGCCAGGACGCUUCUCAGACACGGUGCAGACCCUUCAGCUACCGAUACAUCCGGUAGAGACUCGGCACUUACAGCGGUAUCAGUUGGGUCCCUCCGUCUUGUCGUAUGCCUGAAGAACUUUUAUUAUGCGGAUAUCUAUUGGGCUAGAACGUGUACUUCCCAAUUCGAGGUAAAGUCUGUUGCCGGGUCUAAGCGUACCGUCAUCUCAAACACUUUCAACGCCCUACACAUUGCCUCGAUCGGCGGCCACGAGGCUAUUGUGGACUUUUACAUCAAGGAACUCAGACUCUCAACCAAUGUAGCCACGCUGCAUGAGCGAUGGACGCCCCUCCACUGUGCCGCCCUCGGCGGCUCGACAUCCUGCAUGCGAGUACUCAUCGAACAUGGUGCGGACCCUACGAGAGAAGAUUACCAAGGCCGGACACCGCUCAUGAUCGCCGUUGAGGCCGGCGAUACCGAGGCCGUGCGCUUGUUGCUGAAGCCUUGCUCGGCGAAGAUGGCGAUCGAGAAACCUUUCUUGCGUGCUCUUGAAAUUGGUUACGGGGUGUUGCUUGUGCUAUUCGCCCCUUACUUGACGACGCUUCUUCCUCGACUCACACAAACACCAGACGAAGAUCAGGCGUCCCGGGGCCACCUAGCUGGGGCCAUUCUUGAAGCACUGAUCACAGAGGGAGACAAGACAGCAUGGAAGACCUGCGAAAGAGUCUUGGAGUAUCUGGAUCCUGCAGCCUUGAAUGACAUUAGGCUGUCCUGCGGAGAAUGCUCCCCUGUCGUGUUCGCACUCAGGAAUGGGGCUGCAAAUGCCGCCUUGCUGGCUAUUCUGGCGCACCUGAAGAUGUACUCCUCCAGAUACCAAGACAUGGUGCCGGAAGGCCAGUUUCGAAUCACUGACCGAACGAACCCAGACCGCGCCUGGGCGCACAAUCAGCAGAAGGUUCUCUCCCACUUUUUCAACCAACGUAUUUCCUCCGAUGCGUUUUCGCCGGAAUUCGAAAAGGGCGAUUCCCCGCUGCUCCUGGCAAUUAGGGUGAAAUCAUCGACAUCCAUGCAAAUCAUCCAGAUACUGGUGACGCACGGCACCGAUCUGUCCGAUGGCAACGCUACAACCCCACUCCACGAAGCGGCCGGCAACAACUUUGUCGAGGCUGUCGAAUAUCUUCUACAGGUUGGGGCCAACUGCAGCCUUCGGGACGUAGAUGGCUUUACUCCUUUGAUGGUCGCCGUUGCUGAAGGAAAUCUUGACACAGCGAAGGUACUCGUCAGUCACGGUGCCAGCAUACACGUGCGGGAUGCACAUGGCACGGGGCUACUGGGUAUUGGUGCAAAGUCCAAGAAUCCGGCCGUCUUGCAAUGGCUGCUCGUUGUUGGGCUAGAUCCGUAUGAACCGGAUCAGCAGAAUCUCACGCCGCUCCACUGCGCACUAUGCAAUGUUCAUCUUUCCAGCUUUGUUUUGAACUACGGCUUUGACCUUUCAAAUAUCGUACGCGGCGGCGGCAAGGACUUCCUGGCUGAGUUAUUCACCCAGACAAGGGCGUCAGAGAGCCUUGCCAAGCUACUGAAGCGGCUUCCAACAGAGGAGAGGUUAGCUUUGGUCAAUCUUUCUCUGGAAGACCCUUUUACGCCUCUCUGCCGCGCGAUUGUGGAAGACAACCUGUAUCGUGCCCGCGUGCUCCUGGAAUAUGGCGCAAGACUUGACGAAGAAGGAGCGUCUGAGGGAUCUGCGUUGAUGUUGGCGUGCUCAUACGGACGGAUGGAAUUUGUUAAGAUGUUCGUCCAUCUCGGCGCCAGCAUUUCACACGUGGCUCACGCUGCCGACGGGCAACGUGUGUUCAGAAACGCCUUGGCCUUAGCAGAGCCAUUCCCUGGGAUAGUGAGAUGGCUUCUUGUGGAGAGACAUACAUCGCAGCGCAGACUCAGGGGCGUUGACGCCGAGGCGAUGGAUAUCGACCAGGCAGUGAAGCCUUGGGCUGGCGUUUGCAUUGCGGAAUACGACGUUUCGGAGACGGGGAUGAUUGUUGCUCGCGCGGCGAGGGAGUCGAGCUUGGAUUAUGUCAAAAGGCUUGAGGGCGUACGAAGGGGACUGAGAGGUACGGUCUUGAGGGAUGUCCAGCUGGAACACUAG